AUGCAUCAGCAGCUUCAAUUCCAGUCACCUUUCGACCGCAUGGCAUACCAACAGGCCAAAGCGAAAGGCAAAGGGAGUACAAAGCCCAUCCACAGCAAACAUGGCAUAAGCAAAUCGACAUCCGGAACCUCUGGUACCGUCACCAUGAACGUCAGUAAGGAUUUCCCGCCUAUCGAGACGCUUCUGCCGAUGGACGUGGUCGACCUCACCGCAGAAGACGAUUCCUUCGUACUGCUGCCGAACCGACUUCCCAGCAGGCCACGCAAGCCAGCUUUGACUCGUUCUCCAAUAUCCUCGGCGCAGUCAUCCAAUGGCGCGGCAGGCCUUUCCACGGAUGCCACCUCCAACGCCUUGCCGACCGGCUUCUCGAACGCUUCCUCACAGGAUGCGCCUGAACUCCCGCCCGACGAACCACCUCAUCCCUGCGGACAAACGGCCGACAGUCACGACUCGGCACGUUCGGACGAGGGCGUAUCUCCCGACCUACCAAUGGACGCGGACGACGACAGUACACUGCCCGACGAAUGGGAGGGUAAAAUUAUCGGAGAAGAGGCUGACGGGUACUUGGUUGCUUGGGAAAGCAGCUUCAUACCCAUGGAAUACGCCGGUGAAGCGAUGAUUCGGGCCUGGGAGGAAAAGAAGGCGAAGAUUCUGGAAGGAGGGCGGGAGAAAGGAAGGGUCACCUUAUAA